AUGAUUCUUUUCUUGCUGACCCUCCUAACCCUCCUUCUUUUCUACAAUUUCCGCUACAAACGGCAGCACCUUCCGCCCGGCCCAACACCCUGGCCAAUCAUGGGAAAUGUCUUUGAAAUGGGUCGCUCCCCAAGCUGGAAUCGACUGUUUUACGAAUGGAAAGUCAGGUACGGCGGGAUCUACACCUACUGGCUGGGCGAAACGCCCAUUGUGAAUGUCUGCGACUAUCGGCUGGCCGUCGAAUUGGCCGUGAAAAAUGCGGACGCCUAUGCGGAUAGGGUGCAGCUGCCUCAUUCGGAUUUCGCGAUGAGAGGCGGGAUUUUGGGGAUCGUGAGUACGAACGACGAGAUGUGGCGGGAGCAUCGACGAUUCGUGAUGAAGGUCCUGCGGGACUUUGGAAUGGGGAAGAAUAAGAUUCAGGAGCAUGUAAGAGAGAUACACAAGUUUAUAGUCACACGUCUUCGUAUUGCAUAAGCUUUACAAUGAUACCAUAUUUAUCUUCUUACGACCACUCUCUUCUGCGUUAGAGCGCAUCAUCUUGGGGCGGCCGUUUUUUUUUGACCGCCACUGUACGAGCUUGCCACCAGAGCAUAUUUUUUCUGUAGGGAAAAUAAUGAUUACUCUGUGGCUUCGAAAAUCGCAUCACCGCUGAGAAAAUGAUCACGGAAAGUAUUGUGCCACGGAAAAAUCAAAUUGCUUUUCUCUUCAGCGGUUAUUACGGCGCAGCCAUUGUGCUCAUUAUUUUCCCGACAGAUUAACAAAAAGAUAGCAUCAUAGAGAAGCUAUACUGGGGAAAAAACAAUUGAAAGGAAAAAUAAUUUUUUUGCUUUUAGGCUAGUCUAAGCUAUAAAUCGCUAGCCCAACUUCAUAAAAGUAAAGGACCAGUUGUAGUUACUUUCAACUAGACAUGCCUUUAAUCGGCCCUGAUCCGAGCUUCAACUUUGCAGAAGGCAAAAGGUUUUGAACUUUUUUUUGAGACGUCAUCUAACAAAUGUUUCAAUGGUUGGGUAGAUGAAUGAGGGAGACCGUAAAUAGGGCUAGCUGAGGAUGGGCUAGCAAACUAUGGUCUUGAAUAACCAAAAAAGCAAAAAAAAAAAAGAUUUUACAGGGGGACCUGAUCCAGUGGCAAAACACGUACCAUUUUGCAUCCGGGAGGUAUCAAAAAUGUGGCAAAAUGGCUUCCUCUCCAAGUGAAAAAACUCAAGUUUCAAAAGCGCGCCCGCUCUUUUUGUGGGAAAAAAGAUCCCGCCCUUCAAAACGAAGUCUUUUCACUUGGAGAGGGAAGCAUUUUGCCACAUUUCUGGUACCUCCGGAAUGCAAAAUGGCACGUUUUUUUGCCAAUGGAUCAAGUCCCUCACUUAUUUAAUCAUCCUCUUUUACUCCAGUCCUCUCGGCUCGGCUGUGCCUUUACACAUACCCUCUAAAGCCUCAAUUUCAGAUCCUAGACCAAGUCCGCUAUCUGACCUCAGAGAUUGAUGAAAAAGUAAUCAAAAAAGACGGAGUCACCGAUCUCCACGACGUGGUCAGUGUUGCGGUCGGCUCCAUCAUCAACUCCCUGCUUUUCGGCUACGAUUUCCGUGGGCGCGAACACGAAUGUCAUCGAACGACCCAACUAAUGCAAGGCCUCGUCGAAGGCCUCAGCAGGCCGCUGGCUGUGAUUGGCCGCUUCUAUCCGCUUUCGCUGCACAUCCCGGCGGUGAAACGCCGCUUCGAUGAGGUGGCGCAUACCUUCCACCUGUUGCUGCAUGACAUGACGGUGAUCGUUGAGGAGCACAGGGAGCGGUAUAUAAUGGAAGGCGAGGAAAUGAAGGUUUUGGAUUUUGUGGACGCGUAUUUGGUCGAGCAAGGAAAGUUGAUGAGAGAUGAAGGGAAUGUGGGAUUGUUUAGGUAGGUAGAAGACGAGUUAUUGAUGUGAUGGUCGUCGUACCACCCACAGAUUUUGAUGAAUACAAAAAUAAACUUAGGUUUCAUAAAAAAUUUUUGAAGGCAUAUAUCAGUCUGUCGGGAAAAUAAUGAGCACUUUGUCGCCUCCAAAAUCGCAUCGCCACUGAGAAAAUGAAUUGUGUCGCUGCAAAAUACAUUUUUUUUUAAAAACAGCGAUAUUGCGCUCAUGACAGACUGAUAUUUUGAGCUCUCUUUGUUUGGGGACAUAUUCUAUUCGUUUUUCUUUAGCCAUCCCUCCACAUUUCUUAUUGUGUCUCGCUUUUAAAGACCCCUAACAAUAAGCAUCAGCUGCGCCUGCCAAGCGAAAGAUGAAAUUUUAGGGAAGCGAUACGUAGCAUAAGAUAUAUUCUGAAUUAAGGGAAGGCCCGGGCAUCUCGUAACUUCUUUUCUGAAUAUUAAUAUCAGCCUGUCGGGAAAGUAAUGAGCACUCUGUCGCAUCGAAAAUCGCAUCGCUGUCGAUAAAAAAUGAAUCGUAUCGCGGCAAAAUCCAAUUUUUUUUCGCUUCACUUCAGCGAUCGGCACAUCGAUAUUGUGCCCAUUAUUUUCCCGACAGACUGAUAUUAUUAUAUUAUUAUCAGAUUUAAUUACUCUAGUUUCGCAUCUCAUCUACAGCUGUUGAAUUCCAGCAACGACCAACUCGUCAACGUCCUCAUCGACGUCUGGUUCGGAGGUCACGAGACUUCUCACGCAACAAUUCUGUGGGGCAUCGCUUUCUGGAUCCAUAACCCGCAAGUUCAGGAGAGAAUGCACAAAGAGCUGGACACGGUGAUAAACGGCGAUAGGAUGGUGACCUUGGCCGAUAAACUCUCUCUUCCCUACAUGAAUGCCACAAUCAGUGUGAGUAGUGUGUGACUGAUAAGGAAUGUCGCUUAAAAAUACGCGCGAAUCUUGUGCCUCUUUACAAUUGUUUUGAGCACAAAAGCGCUUGCAUACCGUAGACCGGGAAUUAGGUGUUGUGUCGGCGAGAUGAGUGUUCUUUGCGCUUAAUUUUUUAUUUCUUUUUUUCGCUGACCAAAAUUUGGGUCUUGUAAUUUUAAAAAGGAAAGUACUUCUAUGGGGUAUGGAGUUACCGGUCGAGAGAUAUAUCAAAAAAAUCGCAAAAUUUUUCUGAUUCAGAAUAUGUAAAAAUUAGCUGCCCAAUUUUGGCUUGUAAGGGCGAAAAAACCCUCAGAACUUUUCUUGCAACACCACUCAAAUGCCUCUUUUUUACAUUGGAAGUACUAAUUUUAAAGGUGUAGUAUUAAUCAAAUUUGAUAUUUUAAGGCUUUGUCAAGAUGCCAGGGUUUAUUCUAUUAGCUCAAAACGAAAAUUUUGAAUUGGUUAAAAUUUGGUCAAAAAAGGCAUCUGCGUGGAGUUGCGAGAAGAGCUCUGAGUGGUUUUUCCACCCUUAACUCCAUGCCCCAUAGAAGUACUUUCCUUGUAAAGCUACUUGAAAUCAAAGAGACUCUACAGUGAGGGACCUGAUCCAGCGGCAAAAACCGUACCAUUUUGCAUCCGGGAAGCAUCAAAAAGGUGGCAAAAUGCUUCCCUCUCCAAGUAAAAAAACUUCGGUUUGAAGGGCACGCUCUUUCCCUCACAAAAAGAGCCUUUGAAAUCGGAGUUUUUUUCACUUGGAGAGGGAAGCAUUUUGCCACAUUUUUGAUACUUCCCGGAUGCGAAAUGGUACGUUUUUUGCCACUGGAUCAGGUCCCCAACUGUAGCUUAUUUGCAUAGUCUCUGGAGUGAUUCAGAAGCCUGUUGCAUGGUACAAAAAGCAACAAGUUGCAGGUUGCAAACGCAAAAAAAGAACUCCAGCGAUUUUACGAGAAUUUUUUUUUCAGGAAAUCCAACGCUUUGCAAAUAUUUUCCGCCAGUUCAACUUGGCUCACGCCUUGGCGAAGGACGUUGAAAUUGGGGAUUAUCACUUCCGGAGAGGCCAAGUUUUGAAUAUCGAGUUUUGCGCGUGGUUUAAAGAUCCGGAGGUUUUCGAGAACCCCGGUGUUUUCGAUCCGAACCGAUUUUUGGACGAGAACGGUCAAUUCAGAAAAUGCGAUGAACUAAUUCCGUUUGGGAUUGGUCGCAGGGUGUGUUUGGGAGAGUCGUUGGCAAGGACGGAGCUGUUUUUGAUCCUGGCGAACCUGGCUAAUCAGUACAAAGUGAGUGCGGGGUAAAAACUUUGUAGAACAAACCAGAAACCCUCAUAUAUGUGGGGGGACCUGAUCCAGCGGCAAAAAACGUACCAUUUUGUAUCCGGGAAGCAUCAAAAAUGUGGAAAAAUGCUUCCGUCUCCAAGUGAAAAAACCACUUUUUUGAAAUCGAAGCCCUUUUUCCUCACAAAAAAAAAGCGGGCGCGCUUUUGAAAUCUGAGUCUUUUAAUUUGGAGAGGGAGGUAUUUUGUCACAUUUUUGAUACUUCCUGGGUGCAAAAUGGUACGUUUUUUGCCACUGAAUCAGGUCCCCCACUGUAUCAAUCUGUCGGAAAAAUAUUGUGGAUUUGUCGCAGCUUCCCUCGUCGCAGUCGCAGACCAAAUUUCCAGCCCGCGCCGAACUUACGAUGGGCUAUUCCAGGGCCAGACAAAUCCACAUUAUUUCCCCGACAGACUCAAAAAAGCGCUAUUUAUAAACGCCUCUUGUUCUGUAGGCCUUCUGUUGAAGUUUACGCCAUUGUAUACCUUAUGAGAGUACGUCCAUAACAUUGUUUUCAUUUUUCAGUUCUUGCCACAUGAAGACCUCCCCAAAUUGGAGCCGUAUCUCAAUCCCAACGCCACCAUUCUCCCUCCAUUCGAGUGCAAGAUAGUCAAAAGGCAUAAAGACUCACCGGCUACCGUUUGA